GGAUUCCUAUUCUAGUCUAGUGUAGCAAUUUAGUGUCCAUACAAUUUUUCAAAAAUUUACGAUGCAUACGAUAGUGUUCGAUAAAGAGAAAAUUUACGAUUUUUGGGAUAGCAUUUCAAAUUUUCCCUUUUUUCUGUAAGCACUCAAGAUUUGGAAAUUGGCACACAAGAUAACAAAAGCAAAUAAUGUAUUAGAUAGCGUAUUUAGUUUCCUUCAUCGUUUCGAUUUAGAAGAAAUACCAGAAACACAUACACACACGUUCACGGAAACAAAAUAUUUCAUUUGUUUUGAGGUAUCACUUCAAGUACGCUUUCGAACGAAAAUUUCGUCGAACACAGGACCAUUUCUUGUCCCUGAGCACUUUAACGUAUCCAAAUAAAGAAUUUCGUCAAAUCAAGCAAUAUGAGUGAGUUCAACGCGUUAGUGCGUGCAACGAAGUGCGUUGAAAUGAUUCAAGUUCCGGAUCGAAAAGAUUUUUCGACUUUUGCCAGAUAUAAUGCAUCUAACGGAUACAUCGCGCUGGGUCCGGCCUAUCAAUCAUACAAGAUUAAAAGGUCCACCAAUUCAGUAACACUUCUGCUGCUGGGACUUUCUGGUGCUGGUAAAUCACACAUUGUCAACAAUAUCUUCAACACUCCCAUUACGUCUGUUGGAGAGGGCGUAUCAUGCACGAAGGAGAUACUGGAGUUUGUUAUUGAGUUGCCUUCGGAAAACUUAGGAAUAUCGAACUCAGAGAUACACGUAAUUGAUACACCUGGCUUUGGUGACACCGAAAGAGGACUCGAAUUCGAUGCCAAAGUGUUGGCCAAUGUCGAUAAAUUAUUUAAAGAGAAAGGCUUCAUCCCAAAUUUCAUUUUGUUGGCUGUAAACAUUACGGACAAAAGGCUGGAAGGACAAUUUGCUCCAUUCGUAAAAUUACUGCAGGCUAUAAAACGACAAUUAUCGGGUGCAGUACUGGACUUGGAACAUCCGAACCUUCUUGUAGUUCUGACGCAUCUUUGUUCCAUGAUACCCAAAUUCCAGAGAGAUCCAUUGUCGAAGAAAGAAAUAAUCCAGAGGUUGGUUCGUGAAAACAUUGGAAUCGCAUCCGUGCACGUCGAAUUUGCAGAAAAUAUGUCUGACGAGUAUGAGCUUGAAAAGAUAGGGGAAUACUAUCAGCUGCCGAAUGGGGAUUUGUUUCCACGCAACAUUUAUCAAAGUUUGGUCAAAAUUGGAAGCGGAACGGAUCCGAUCGGCCACGGUCUUCUGAAUGAAGCGUAUCCGAAACUACAAUCAGCAAAACUUCCGGUUAAACAAUUCGUCCAUGCGAUAGUUGACGUUCCAUCAUUAAAUUCAGUUGUUGAAGGCCUGUUGAGAUUACAAAUAUAUGCCACUACCGAGUUGGGGGACCGACUUUCCGCUUGUUGGAGUCAGCUCUGUCCAGACGAGCAGAGUAAUUGCCGUUUGAAACCAACCGAAUUCGCGCAAAAAUUGUCAAUACUUGGAUAUAAGAAUCAUCAAGAUUUGCCCAGGAUGAAAAAGCAGACGGUUCAGUUUUUUCGUGAAAUUGCUCCUGACGAUCAGAUGGCGGUGUUGUUGAGACGAGCAUUUGGUAUUGAAGCUCCCACAAUUUCUUGUGAUCUUUUGGUAGGUCAGGCCUUUGAUUUGACCAAAGACUGUCCAACAUCAUUUGUUGUGUUAUCGUCUGGCGAUAUGAAUUUGGCUACCGUUGGCUUGUACAUACCCAGCUCCAUUGUAGCUACUGAUCACAAUGAGGUGAAAUUCACGUGUCAUGUCACUAAAUCCAAGAGAGAAAUGACCGAACAACGAUUAAGAGAGUUGAAAAUAAAUGCGAAUCUUGGAAAGUGGCAGUUUAGCUUCGGUCAUCGAGACGGGUAUAAUGUAUUUUCGCAAGGAUCGAAUAAUACACUGACGGCCGUCUACGAGAAACGUUUGAUUAAGUUGGAGAUGGGACACACUUCUCCGGUGAGCGAAGAGUUGAAAACUGCUGUCCAGAAAUUACCGUCCAAUUACGACAAGCAUUCCGAGCACAAUGUUAACCAAUGGAAAUAUUUCUUUUCCACCUAUGGCACACACUACAUCAAGACUGCUUACAUUGGCGGUAGCGUAGUGUUUCAUAUGACGAACAUCAGUGGUUCAUUGGGACAGUCGAAUUAUGAGGUGAAUCCGGGUGGGAUAUCUGGAUUCCUAGCGUCAGUGUUUUCUGCCAACUGUACUGGCUCCGAAACGUCCUCGUCGUCCGCAUCGUUUAAUGAAAAAAAUCUGGAGAUUACUGUUCGCGGAGGCAAUAGCACAAAAGCGUCUGAGUUAGCUUCGAGUUCCACAAAAGAACAGUUUUAUGAACGACUCAAUGCUUGGGAAGAUACAAUCUGGGACGAUCCCGCUGUGGCUGAUUCCAGUGUGACCCUAGGGGCAAUAGCAGACGUUGUUAAUCGCUUUGAAUCCAGUCUUGUGAAUGGUAUGAAAGAAGCAGCUUUAGACCUAUACAAUUCUCGGCUGGAGUACGAGGCAAAAAACGAACUAGUAGAACCGACGAGACAACAAGACAGUGACAAUAACAAAGAUGAGGGUACUAAAUGUCUAACAGCACAAACACUUAUUGCAACGCCAACGGAACCGAAACCUAUCGCAAUUCUCAAAAGUGGAGAUUUUGUUUUGGAUAAGGAUGGGCGUCCAGCACGAGUGGUAGCAGUCAACAAAGUUUAUACCUGCGGCCGUGCACUUCUUUAUGGCUUCGAUGAGAUUAGUCCGUUUUUCACAUGCCAGCACACGUUUCUGCAUCCAUCCGGCAGCAUUUUGGUGCAGAACAAAACGAUGCUAAGAGAAUUCCAUCCUCAAAUGCAAACGGAAUUUGACGUCAUUGAAAUGCCAACACGGAACAUUGAGGUGCUUACUGUUCAGGAUGGACGUUUGGUGGCUGCAACAGUACCGUUCUUAACAUCGCUGGAAAUGGAUAACGAUGAAGAGUUGUACUUCCUGGCCGUGGAAGGUGAAGGAACUUAUGUUGCUAAUGGGUUCGUAUGUUAUCACGAACUUCCAAUUUUCGAUGCGUGGCCACAAACCUUUCUCGUUAUUUUUGAAACUGUCAAGAUGCUGGAUGUCCAAAAUCCGCACGUUUUCACAAAGCAUGAGUUCGACGGGUUGUUCAAGUUGUCGGUUGAGAUCAAGGGAAUAUGGCAAAUGCUGGUCAACAAUCAUGACACUACUGAUAAUGACCCGAACAUCUCGAUAACGACAAAAAAUUCUUUCAAUAAUGCUAUGCUACAUCUGGCAGAAGUGCUCAAUAAUGCGCACCAGGCAAACUUGGGCAUGAUGCUAUACUCCGGCUGUGGAAUGAUUUUGCAUCGAUUUAUUGAAGUCGAUAAAACGAUGUCUCCACGGCCUUUUGUUCAAGCGGCUCAAGAUGUGAUGGCUGGCUGUAAGAUUUGAUAAAUAAGUGUUACAGUGUCAUCUCCGUUCCCGUUUAAUGUAUUAAUCAAUCUAAUCUUUCAAUAAAUAAACAAUUUCAUUGCACUGUAGCGUCAGACACGAACACUCGAAUGACCGGUGUCAAUUCUGAGGACCUUGGCGCAGGCUUCCCACGCUCUAACUUCAAUU